AUGGUUGUUGAUGGCGUGUGGUUGGCCAUUGUCAACCCCGCGAUUAAGUGGUCCUUACGUCACAGCCAAACAGUCCGUCUUGUUGUACUUGGAAGAACUCGAGCUGUUGACUACCGGCUGCACUUGGAGAAAUCGAAGUUCCGAGCUAUUUCCCAGCGACUCAUACACGUACAUUUAACAGUCAUCUAUCUGAUAAUUUGCAGCAGUACUAGAAGACACAAAACACAAAACAACAUGUCGAACCAGAAGCCGUACCACACCAAAGCGACAGGAAAGGCUGCGGUGACCGUAGCCGAUCACUCUACAGAGUCACCGCUCAAGCUCUAUGGAAGCUGUUUUUGCCCCUUUGUGCAGAGGGUUUGGAUAGCACUAGAGGCCAAGAAGAUACCGUACCAGUACAUCGAAGUCGAUCCCUAUGAGAAACCUCAGUCAUUGCUGGAGGUGAACCCGCGAGGGCUUGUUCCAGCUCUGCGACACGACGACUGGGGCUGCUAUGAAAGUACCGUGCUGAUGGAAUAUCUCGAGGACCUGAAGACCAGUACACCGCUUCUUCCCGAUGAUCCAAAGACGCGAGCGCAUUGUCGACUGUGGUCAGACCAUAUCAAUCGACACGUUGUACCGGGAUUCUAUCGCCUUUUGCAAGAACAGAACCCUGAGAAGCAGGUGGAGCAUGCCACAGAGCUGCGGAACGCGUUCGAGACGCUUAUCAAAGCCGCGCAUCCCGAGGGGCCUUUUUUUGUUGGUCCACACAUAUCGUUUGUGGACGUACAAGUCGCGCCAUGGUUGAUCCGACUCCGUCGGGUCAUGAAACCGUACCGAGGAUGGCCUGACGCCGAAAAUGGCACACGGUGGGCGGCCUGGGUGAACGCAGUUGAAUCCAAUGAGCACGUACAGGCAACCACCAGCACGGAUGCGCUGUACUUGGAAAGUUAUGCCCGCUAUGCCGAAAAUCGACCCAAUACGUCUCAGGUUGCAAAUGCAAUCAAUUCGGGGAGGGGGCUUCCAUAA